UAUACUAUCCAGAGUUAUUUUUGAUACUUUAAUCUUACGUCUUUGCCCAGGGGGUUGGCAAGGCCCAUCCUCCUCCUUUGUUGUAAUUAUUUAUUAAUUCAACAAUAAAUGUAUCAAUCAAUUAGUCAAUGUCGGGGAGCAUCCUUUGCAAUGGACCCAAAUCCAAGGGUAGUGAAUUGGUGGCAAUGCUGCUCAACAAUAAUAAAGCAACGCUCGCCGCCACCAAAGUAUUCUCAGACAUUUUUUGUGCGAAUGAAAAGUUUUUCAUCCUAUCAACGUGUCUCCUCUGACUGACUGAGUGAGUGACUGUGUGCAGCCUCUCUCUCUCACCACCACAGUGUUGCAUCUCUUGCUGUCUUCUACCGCUAUUUUCAUGCCAACUGCUCUUCAGGUCUAGGCAUGCCUCCCCCCCAACACUACACUUUCUUCCUUCUCUCACCUCUAAUCUGUCCACCUCUCUGAUGCAAGAGUUAACCAGUACUCUCAGUCACUCAUCCCUUUCUCUGGUACACUCUGGGACUCCCUGCCUGCUUCUGUGUUUCCACCUUCCUGGGACUCUAACUCUUUCAAGAGGAAGGUUCCAACACAUUUACCCUCUCAAGUUUAAUUUUUCUCUUUGUCAUGCAUCUAGGGAUUGGCACUCAAGUGGGCCUUUUUUUCUCCAGAGAAUUACUGUUGGCCGUGGCCAGUGUCCAGUGGCUCUCAGUGUCCUCACCAUCACUGUUGUUGCAGGUGUCCAGGCCGGGUGCCCUGCUGGGCUCUGACGUGGCUCCAUCUGCCUGACUGCUCAGAGGGUUCCUGCAGUGGAGGGGUGAGGCCGGGCAGCAGCAUGAGUGAACAACAGCAGCAGCAGCAGUCUACCUCAGGUUUGGGGAGGUCCAGCCAUGGUGCCAAGAAUGACCUGGAGGCAGGCAGCUCCACCCACAGAGGAGAGAAAAAGUUUGUGUGUCAGCAGUGUGACAAAAGUUUUACAUCCAGAAAAGGACUUAGACGACACACCCUGAGACACAGUGGUGUUAGAAAUUAUGAGUGUCUGGAAUGUGGAAAGGAAUUCAUCACUAAGUUUGAUCUCAACAAACACACCCUGACUCAUAGAAGUGUUAGAAAUUAUGAGUGUCUGCAAUGUGGAAAGAAAUUAACCACAAAGGGUAGCCUCACCAGACACACCCUGACACACAGUGGUGUUAAAAAUUAUGAGUGUCUGCAAUGUGGAAAGAAAUUCAUCACAAAGAGUAACCUCACCACACACACCCUGACACACAGUGGUGUUAGAAAUUAUGAGUGUCUGGAAUGUGGAAAGAAAUUCAUCACAAAGAGUAACCUCACCACACACACCCUGACACACAGUGGUGUUAGAAAUUAUGAGUGUCUGGAAUGUGGAAAGAAAUUCAUCGCUAAGUCUGAUCUCAACAAACACACCCUGACACACAGUGGUGUUAAAAAUUAUGAGUGUCUGGAAUGUGGAAAGAAAUUCAUCACUAAGUCUGAUCUCACCACACACACCCUGAUACACAGUGGUGUUAAAAAUUACAAGUGUCUGCAAUGUGGAAAGAAAUUCAUCACAAAGAGUAACCUCACCACACACACCCUGACACACAGUGGUGUUAGAAAUUAUGAGUGUCUGGAAUGUGGAAAGAAAUUCAUCACAAAAAGUAACCUCAUCACACACACCCUGACACACAGUGGUGUUAGAAAUUAUGAGUGUCUGGAAUGUGGAAAGAAAUUCAUCGCUAAGUCUGAUCUCAACAAACACACCCUGACACACAGUGGUGUUAAAAAUUAUGAGUGUCUGGAAUGUGGAAAGAAAUUCAUCACUAAGUCUGAUCUCACCACACACACCCUGAUACACAGUGGUGUUAAAAAUUAUAAGUGUCUGGAAUGUGGAAAGAAAUUCUUCACAAAGAGUAACCUCACUAAACACACUCUGACACACAGUGGUGUAAAAAAUUAUGAGUGUCUGGAAUGUGGAAAGAAAUUCACCACAAAGUCUGAACUCACCAGACACACCCUGACACACAGUGGUGUUAGAAAUUAUGAGUGUGAGGAGUGUGGCAAAAAAUUCCUUACCAUUGGUAAACUCAACAGCCACGCCUUCAGACACACUGGCUUGAGGGAGUUCAAGUGUGAUGUUUGUGGCAAGUGUUUCAAGACAAAGAGUGACAUUGCCAAGCAUGUGAAGAUCCACUUUUGAGGUGGUGUGUUGUGUGGACUGGUGGGGCCACAGCCACACCUGUGGGAGUGUGUGGUGGUGGUGGUGGUGGUGGUGGACAGUGUUUCUUUCCUUUUCUCUUUUUCCUCUUCCAUUGCCUCCUCCCGACCUUGGCCUGACCUUCCAGUAUUUACUCCUCGGCACAGCCAGGUGAAGCACGCCUUCAGUGGGAAGCGGUCUCCCGAGGGUGUCACCAAGGCUCUCCAUCUCCAGCAGGACAUGGCGGGGGUCAAGAUGGCAGGCAAGCAAGUAAGUAAGUAAGACGUUGGUGUGUUGGAUGCCUGCGUGACUCCAUGCUACGCUGGCCUGCCACACCACAGGAUACAUUGAUGAUAGUGUCACCUCAGCACACACUACACUGUUGUCAUGUGUGGCAGUGCCUGUAAGGACAGCACACCCCUGUGGUCUGUUAUUGCAAGGAGUGUGUUUGUUGUAUACUGGGAUACAAGGUAGAAGGAAGCAGUGUACACCUAGUUUUGUACUUGUUGUAUUGUGAGGGGUGUGUACUUUAUGUAUUGUGGGUUAUAAGACAGAAAGUAGUAGUAGUUUACACCUAGCCUUGUGUAUCUUGUGAGGGGUGUGGACUUUGUUGUAUUGGAGUUUACAGGCAGUGUUGUAUGUACUGUGUUUGUGUUGUGAGGUGUAAGGAGAGGCAGACACUUGUAGUGUGUGUGAGGGAGUCCCUUGAUCAAAUCACUGCCUGGAGUUUCAUUAGGCCACUGGGGUUUGUGUAAUUGUAAAGUAUCUUUUUAUCUCUGUAACCAUUAACCAGUGCUGCUUUAAUGAUGUUUUUGACAUAAUUGGUUUACAUCUUAAGUUGGUGUGUGUCUCAUAAUAUUUUUAGCUACAUAUAUUUACAGUCUAAAAUGUCUGUUUCAUUAGAUUGAGUAGUGUAACAAUGUCAGUGAGGCAUAUCUGAGCACUGGUUAAUCCCUUCAGUACUGGGACACAUUUUUACCUUGAGUUUUGGGUAUGAUUAGACAGUUUUGUUAACAUUAGGAAUGGUCUGUGAAGGCCAGAAGAUUAAUAGCGACAGUCUUCUUUAUUUUAAUCCCCACAUAAGUUUCUGUAGCAGUAUAAAAUCAGCAAAUAGUGAGCAGAAUGAAUAUGGAAAUGUUUUGUGGUACUGAAGGGGUUAAGUGUACCUGUGUGUGAUGACUGAUUCCUUCCAAGGCACCUGUAGAUCUGACUGUACUGACAUGUGAAGUUGUGACGAAUAUAUUGUUGUUGACCA